GUCACGUCCCCCGGCGCAUGCGUAGUGCCUAGCGCGGGUACAUUCAAACAAGAGAAGCGCCGGUAGAAAAGACUCGUCCGCAUUUGACGGGUUCUUCGCUUCAGAACGGGCAGCGGCGGCGAAGAAGACUCGUAUGACGGGCGUGAGAGUAGCAAUGAGUUCCUCAACCCCACAGUCGGCCGGGCGGAAAGGAAGCACCUCUUCCGACAGCGUGUUUGUGUCUCCUGGCACCAGGCGGCAGCCGCUGAGUUCCUCUGGGACCCCUGUCUUGGAGAACUGCCCCGACAAUGACGACGAACGAGAAAGGAAGCAGAGGCGGCGCUCCAGAAUUGUUGACCUGCAGUUUAGCACUGACUCGCCUCUGGCCAUACAAUCUCCCUCCAACAAACAUGCGGAAACGUCAUUGCCAGCGAUCCCACAACUGUCAAACACACAAAUUGCGGAACAUUAUUCCACAUGCAUUAAACUGUCAUCGGAAAAUAAAAUCACCACGAAGAAUGCGUUUGGCUUGUUCCUCAUUGACUACAUGACAGAAAUACUGAAGCAAAAGGAUUCGGAACUUACCAACUUUAAGGUGGCGGCUGGGACCCUCGAUGCCAGUGCGAAGAUCUAUGCAGUGAGAGUUGAUGCUGUCCAUGCUGACGUUUACAAAGUUCUGGGAGGGCUGGGCAAAGAAUCUGCACCAGCAGGGCCCGCGAAUGGCCAGGAUACAGGUGGGGACCCUGAUAGUUCAAGGAAAAAUACCCGCAAAAGGAAGCACCUCUACAAAACCAUUGAGCAGAAUCUGAAUAAUAUCAAUGCGUCUGAGACAGAUCGUAGAGUUGAGAUCGACCCCAUGUUCCAGCAAACGGUGGCCUCCUUCGACGAGUGCAGCACAGCCGGGGUUUUCCUCACCACGCUCCGCACCCACAGCGACCUCAGCGAAGCUCUGUUCGAUUCCAUGGUGACGCCCCUGGCUUCUUCUGUGGCUUCAGAGGCACCAAAUUCUUCAGCUGUGAAAAUGGCAGGCUUGAGAGCUAUUCUUCUGCAAUGUGCUGAAAAGCGGCUCCUUUGCCCUUCGCUGGCCGGCUUUCGGUUUUCUGAGUGGGACAGCGCCUCCCAUAACGAGUCAGUCUCGGCUCUCAUGGAUAAGUUUAAGAAGAGCAACCAGGUGUUUGACAUCAACGCAGAGGUCGACAGUGACUCUGGGGAUCCUCUGAUGGAAGACGAUUUUGAUGCGGACAACAUGGAUAGGACUGUUGCAAAUGAUCUUGGGGAAUUUUCCAACAAGAUAGAGGCCUGCAGAAUAGCACCAGGAAGCUCAAAGAAAGACGUGGUUCUUCUGGGAGAAGGAGAUGUGAGCUCCAUGUGCCUCCAGCUGUCGAUGAACCCCAGUGAAUACUCGUACUUCAGCCCUCGGACCAUGUCCAUGUGGAGAGGCCCGGAGCACUGGCGCUUCAAGCUUCGCCAGCAAGGUGAAGCCAACACUGAGAAACCGACCAAAAGAAAGGCUCCAAAAAAAGCCUUUGAGAUCAAUUUUGAGGAGGAGGUCAACUUUGAGCCUUAUUUCUGCAAAACAAGAGCGGCGACAACUCUGGCCAAAUCUACCCUUGAAAAUCAAAACAAAAAGGGCAACACUCUCCCUGCCGACUUCCAUUAUGACCCUGACAACCUCACCUGCCUUUUCCUCAAACCAUCCCACAGGUUGUGCAAGAUGCCACAGCAGGGCACUUCACCCAGUCGCGACGAUGAGGCGGGGGAAUACGAUUAUAAUAACCUCAAUGAUACAUCCAAUUUCUGCCCUGCUUUGCAGGACGUGGACAGUGAUGAUGAAGAUAUCCCUGCUGACUUUGUGGGCCAAGGAGGGAUGUUCGAAAUGACGGCCCACCCUGCAACAUUAGUAAACCAAGAUGGGGAGUUCCAUGGAGCCGUCAAUGGUCUUGACAUCACCACAUAUGCCGAAUCCAACCUGGUGGCAGAGCCGCAGAAGGUGAACAAGAUGGACAUUCAGUAUGCAAAGGUGGCCAAAAAGAUGGACAUGAAGAAGCUGAAGCAGACCAUGUGGCGCCUCCUGACUUACACACUGAAGGAUCAAACUGAGGACGAGAAUGAAUCUCUGGAAAAAAGUAAUGGCUGUUCGGUGGUUUCAGAGCAGAAGGUCUUCAGCAGCGUCACAAAGGAUCUACUUCACAGGCUGCCCCCCACAAUGGCAAAGAACCUGUCCAUUCCCUUGGCCUUUGCUUCCCUUUUGCACUUGGCUAACGAAAAGAACCUGAAGCUCCAGGGAUUGGAAGACUUAUCAGACGUUUUGGUGACACAAGAUGUUUAACUGGGCAAAAAUUCUGGGAACCUCAAUAAGGAAAUGGAAGGGAUGCAAAGAUGGAUGCCCUUCUUCACAACGCCUGCCCAUCAGCUUGAAGAAGCUGUAGCAUCAACCAAGUUGUGUUGGUUCAUUGGACUGUCAAAAUAAUUCAUGUUUGAAGCUAUAGAACUGUGGACAAUUGGAAGCAGCAUCGAUUGGGUCUUUAAACAUCUUCUGAAUUGUUCAGCUUCCGUCUUUUGCCAUGAUUGGUUUACUCUCCAAGUCCUCUAACAUUUCUUGAUUGCAGCAUAUAUUCAACCUCCUCUUUCAAACAUAGAUCCUGUACAUAGAAGACAUGCCUCUCCCCUUCUCUGUUUUCACAAUCUCUUUUCAGGCUGUGUAGCCAUUAUUUUAACAGACUUUCUGUACAAACAUAUUUUUGUAAAAGUAAUAAAUCUCAACAUAGAACUUC